AUGGUGCCGGCGGGGACGCCGGGCGGGCCGGGCCCUCAGGCGGGGGGCGGGCGGGGCUGGGCGCUCGCCGCCGGGGCGGAGCGGCCCCACGGGUGCGAGCAGUGCGGGAAGGCCUUCGCGCAGGCCGGCGCCCUGGCCAAGCACCGGCGGGUCCACACCGGGGAGAAGCCGUACCGCUGCCCCGUAUGCGCCAAGGCCUUUGCGCUGUCCUCGGGGCUGGUCCUCCACAAGCGCACCCACACCGGGGAGCGGCCCCAUGCCUGCCCGCUCUGCGGCAAGGCCUUCAUCUCCUCGUCGCACCUCGCCCUCCACCUCCGCUCCCACACGGGUGAGCGGAAGUACCAGUGCCCCGUCUGCGGGAAGCUCUUCCUCCAGUCCUCCCACCUGGUGCGCCACAAGGCCAUCCACACCGGUGAGAGGCCCUUCAAGUGCGAGGACUGCGGCAAGCUCUUCGGGCGCGCCUCGCACCUGGUGACCCACCGCCGCGUGCACACGGGCGAGAGGCCUUUCAAGUGCCUGCAGUGCGAGAAGGCCUUCACACAGAAGGCUGGGCUGGUCCUCCACGUCCGCCUGCACACCGGGGAACGGCCCUACAAGUGCGACAAGUGUGGGAAGAACUUCCGGUCCUCCGCCCACCUCGUGUCGCACCAGCUUCUCGAGUCGGGAGAGAGGAACUUCAAGUGCUCUACCUGCGGGAAGGCCUUCAAGCAGGCAUCGUCCCUCAAGCAGCACCUAAAGACCCAUGAGGCACGCGAGCCUCACCGCUGCUCGGUCUGCAGUCGAGCUUUUUCCAGAUCCUCUUACCUGCAGCUUCACAUGAGAACACACAGUGGGGAGCGGCCAUACCACUGUUUGCUUUGCAACCGGACAUAUGCCAAAAUUUCCACCUUUGAAAAACACUGUAAAAAGCACCAGCUGGAUGAGGAGAGGCCUGAGGCUAGACCCAAGCCAAUGACCACCAGGGCAAAAAACUCUGGCCAAAAAGAAGAAGCAGGAGCAGAAGCACCAAGACAACAGCCUCAACCAACCUCACCCAAAGCAGCAGCAGAUGGAAAGACUGUAAAAGUCACUAAAACAAGAAGUGUUCCCGGUCCUCUGCAACGUGGCUCAUGGGAGCGUAAUGUACAGGGGGAGCAGGAAUGUGCUUCCAUGUCACUAGACUGCCAGGAUGGAGGAGCACCUCGCAGUGCCGUCACAGCUUGCAGUGCGGAGUUCUGAACACGUGGGAGAUGCAGCCCAGCGGUGCAGUGGUUUGUUUACGCAAUUGCUUUACUCCAUCCAACAAGGUCAGGAAUGUGCCUUCUCUGGGGUCUGUGAAAGUCUGUGUUUGAUUUGUGGAAAAAGCAUACUUUGUUUUUAACAUAAGUUAUUUUUCUUGCUGUCAGCAGAUGAACUCUGCUGUUGAAUGAUUCAGCCUGAGUGCAUUUCCAUCAACAGUUAACAAGAUGAAGAAUAUUUUUUUAAGAUGUGCUAACAGCAAUAAUUAGCACUCUCAGUAAGAUUAGAUCCUGCGUGGAAGAAACGUUCUUGGGGGGGGGUCUCUAAGUGCUCUUCCAGUGCAGGUAAUUUUGUGUCUGACCCAGAGAGAAGG